AUGGAGGCUCAAAACGAAAAUGAUGAGCUUUACCCCAUCGCUGUGCUCAUCGAUGAGUUGAAGCACGAUGAUGUCCUCCUCAGACUCAAUGCCAUUCACCGCCUAUCUACGAUCGCUCUGGCCCUGGGACCUGAGAGAACCCGGGAGGAGCUGAUCCCUUUCCUUGAUGACUCCGUGGAGGACGAAGAUGAAGUUUUGACUGCCUUGAGCGAGGAGCUGGGAAACUUUACAGAGUAUGUCGGAGGUCCGGAAUUUGGGCACGUUCUUCUCUCCCCGCUGGAGAAUUUGGCAGCCAUCGAAGAGCCCUUGGUCAGGGAAAAGGCCGUCGAGUCCCUCAACAAGGUCGCGGAGCAGUUGUCAGAGAGCCAAACCGAGGAACACCUGGUUCCCCUCGUCCUCCGCCUCUCCAAAGCAGACUGGUUCACCUCCAAGGUCUCGGCGACGGGACUGUACUCCACACCAUACCGGAAAACUCCUCUCCCACUUCAACAGAGCCUCCGUCAACAUUUCGGUGCGUUGGUGCACGAUGAAACCCCGAUGGUGCGGAGACAGGCGGCGAACAACUUGGCCAAGUUCGUGAAGGAAAUGCAGACACAAGUCAUUAUCGAUGAAAUGAUACCCCUCUUCCAAUAUCUGGCUGGCGACGACCAAGACAGCGUGCGCCUGCUGACGGUGGAUAUCCUUAUCUCGAUCGCGGAGGAAAUUCCCAAGGAACAGCAGCCCAGCCACGGUGUCUUGUUGACAUCGCUGCGUAACCUCUUCGAGGACAAGAGCUGGAGAGUCAGAUAUAUGGUUGCCGAUCGAUACGAAAAGAUCGCCAAAGCCGUGCAUGAGGAGGUGAUCACCCGCGACAUGGUGCCUGCAUUUGUCAAGCUCCUGAAAGAUACCGAGGCCGAGGUCCGCACUGCGGUCGCUGGCCAGAUUCCCGGUUUCUGUGGUUUAAUCGAUCGCGACACCCUGCUUAAUGAGAUCAUGACCAGCAUUGAGGACCUUGUCUCCGACCCCUCCCAGCACGUUCGGGCUGCCCUGGGCACUCAGAUCAGUGGCCUCGCACCCAUCUUGGGCAAGGACGAGACUAUCGCUCACCUUCUUCCGAUGUUCCUUCAAAUGCUCAAGGACGAGUUUCCCGAUGUCCGUCUGCACAUCAUCUCAAAGCUGGAGCUUGUGAACAAAGUUAUCGGAAUCGACCUCCUGUCCCAGUCGCUACUUCCUGCAAUCGUUCAACUGGCCGAGGACAAGCAGUGGCGUGUGCGUCUCGCCAUCAUCGAAUAUAUCCCCCUCCUCGCCAGUCAGUUGGGAGUCAAGUUCUUUGACGAGCAAUUGAGCGAUCUCUGCAUGGGAUGGCUGGGUGAUACUGUUUUCUCGAUCCGAGAAGCAGCCACCCAGAAUUUGAGAAAGCUGACGGAAGUAUUCGGUGUGGAGUGGUCGAAAGAAUCCAUUAUCCCGAAGGUUGUGGCCAUGGGACAACACCCUAACUACCUGUACAGGAUGACGACGUGCUUUGCUGUUUCGACUCUCGCGCCCGUAGUGACCCUGGACAUCAUUGAGAGCUCCAUCCUUCCUAUUUUGGACCGACUGGUGACGGAUGAUAUCCCGAACAUCCGCUUCAAUGUUGCCAAAUCUUAUGCCGUCCUUAUUGACACACUGCGCCGUUUGCCCGCCGAUAAGACUCUGACUGAGGUCGAGAAGUCGGGCGAAACCGUCACGCCGUCCCCCAAAAGCCAGGAUCUAAUCCAGCAACGAGUCGUGCCGAGUCUGGAAAAACUGCAGGCCGAUGACGAUGUUGAUGUUCGAUACUUUGCUACGACUGCUGGCAGCAACCAAGAUGAGGCCAUGCAGACUUCACCGUGA